CAUCCAAAGUCAAAAYCACAAAAUUGGUAAAAUUGGUAAAGUCUAAAUUCGUUUAUACGCAAAAGUCAAAGUCAGUUCUUCUUUUCUCUAUUUUCGCUUUAUUGAUUUUCGCCUUUGUCAAUAUUCGUCUUUCCGACUUUCGCUUAGACGUGACUUUUCCUUUUGUGCAUUUUCACUUUUUGAAAAAAACCCGGCAGGCGUUACUUGCUCAAUACCUAAGGGAGACUGGCUACUUGUUCUCAGUCCCCCUCGUUUUAGUACGAACAGUACGACCAGCAACAGCAAGCAACAGCCAGCUUUGCAAACAUGGACUCUGUUUGGGAUUCCCUUGAUCAUGAAUUUCUUCAAAAGGACAUAAGGCGUAUAUUUCAAGAAAAUAAGAUAGACAAUAUCGAAGCCUUUUUGAAGCUUGAUAGCGAAGAUUUGAAAAUUCUUGGRGUGCGUUUUCACUCUGAUAAGUGCAAACUACUGGAUAAGCAAAAGGAGCUUUUAUUGAAAGAAAGGGAGGCUGGCCACGGUGGAGGGUUACGUACUGACCUUAGAGGCUUGGAAGAUGACUGGAAAAAGAUAGAAGAUUGGAGACGUAACAAGGCACCAUUUGCCAAAAAAUCUCAUUCUUUGAAGUUAAAACAAAGGGUAAUAGCUUUUAAUCAUUUUUAUAAUGACUGGUAAUUUAAAUCACUUAUAAUUCCAAGCAAUGUCUAUGACA